CGGGUGCCUGCGGCGAGAGAGAGAUCGAGGCGGUCGGCACGUCGCUCGGGGAGACGGACGGAGCGAUGACGCUGAAGGAGCUGCUCAACACGACGUUCGGGCCGCGCGGCGACUGCGGCAGGACGGCGCACGGUGCGCCGCCGGCAGCUGGCCUCGUGCAGGGAUACGCGCUUCCCGGCCGCCACGGCGUAACAGCGGCCGACGGCAGCGGCUUCGUGUCGCAGGAGGUUGGCGAGUGCUCGCGGAGGCUCCCUGCGACAGCCGGGAACCACCACGCCCGGCACUACCUGCAGAGCGGCGACGCGGCGUGGCACUACAGCGGCGGUGACGCGUUAGCGGGCGUGCAUUUCCCGCAGCGCGUGCCCGCCCUGUACGGCGCCCACCAGGGCUUCACGCCCGCACCCGAGGCUGCGCCGUGGAGUAGUCACUACCAGCAGAACGCCGCCGCACACGGUGAGCUGCAGGCACCGGUGAACCAGCACCUGAAGCUGUUCAACGUCGACCAGGCUGCGUUCCCCGUGUACGCGUCGGUUGGUGGCCAGCCGGCAUUUGGCGCGGUGCAGAGGCCGAGCGUGACCGGCUACGUGACCUCUGCACCGCUGAACAUGAGCAUCGGUAGCCUCGCAGGCGUGGAGAUAUAUGCAACCUCGCAGUGCGAUUCACACAUAGCAAACCUCUCCGCUCAUGAAGAACUAAAGCCAAUGAUUGAGAAGAACGAAAUCUUCAAACCACGGCGAAGACGCGAAGUAAAACAGAAAAACGAGCCAAAGGCAAAGAAGAGGGAGCGCAAGCCUGAAACCUGGAAACGCAACAUAUCAAAGUUGAGAAAAGCCAGAGGGGAAGCAUAUGAGAACAGCAGAGGAGUGUUGGUACCAGCUGUUAAACCACCAUCAGCUGAGAAGGUGUGCAAGUGCAACAACCUGCAGUGCUGUGAGGUGCCGCUCGCGCAGAAGGCGGCGCUCUUCAACGAGUUUCACUCGAAGACGUACAACGAGCAGCAGGCGAUGAUCGCUGCACUCGUCGACGUGCGCGACGUCAAACGCCGCUACCGCAAGGGGGCGCUGUACCGCGAGGCAGCGGCGAGCCGGCGCCAGCGCACGCCGCUCUACUACCUGUGGAACAGCGUCGGCGAGCGCGUGCGCGUAUGCAUGGGCACCGUGUGCGACGCGCUCGGCAUCUCGCGCGUGCGCCUGCAGGCGCUCUACCGCAAGAAGGCCGCCGGGUUGCCGAUCGAGGACCAGCGGGGCAAGCACGCGAAUCGGCCGCGGCGGACGAAGCGCGGCGGCGGCGGCGCCACGAACGUUGGUUCCGGGUCGCCCUGGCCGAGCCUCGAUCGCGGCAGGACGGGGAGUCCGCCGCUGCCGCCGCAGAGCAAGGACGUGGCCGCGAAGGAGCGGCUGACCCUGCAGGAACUGUUGCAUUAUCGCAGCUCAAGUAACAUCCAGCAAUCCGUGAGGUGCGGCCGCAGUCGCGCGGUCAAGAGUGGAGUGUUGGCCGCCGCGCCGCACAGUGAAGUCGAGCGGAAGGACUGCGGCGAAGCGUCCGCCAUCGAUGCCUUCACGGAGCGCGCGUCUGACGAAAUGAUGCUGAGCGAACUGCUCAGCUCUACGUUCGAACCGCCGAACUAAGUCAGGGAUCUUGGUUCGAAUCUUCUUUUUACACUCGACGGGUCACAUUCCACGUUUUGCAGGUGGGUUGCUUUCGUUAUUGAACACCAUAGCUGUACUACUCUUCGAAUACUCUUCGAGUGACGUUCGAAAUCGUAUUUAUAUUGUACAUAUACUUGGCAAACCUGUGAUCGUAAAGAAAAUAUAUGGGAGCUGUUAUAGGUUGGUCGUAAGUUUUUCUCAUGUUAUCAGUUAACUGCUGUGUUUAAUUAAAGUGUAAAUGUUUGUGGUGUCAAUUUAUGUAAGGCGCGUGCAGCCUGUUUCGAUCUGUGUUGGCGACAUCUAGUGACAUCAUUCUGUACGGGUCAAGUAGAGUCAUUGGCUCUAAUUUUAUGUCAAAUAUGUUACACAGUUAUCAUUGACGUAUACAUACUCUAUGUAGGUAUAUUCCUCCUUGUGAUUAGGUGAGCAUUUAUAAUAAAUUAAUUAUGGUGUCUUGCAUCAUUAAACUGCAUAAAUUGUAUCUUGAGACACGAUUACUGAUGCCAUUAUAAAUGAAAGCGUGAACAAGGUCAGACAUAUAGACUUGUCUAGUAAACCUCAUCUCAAUGUGAUAUGCGAAUCGGCCAAAUUACUACCGUGAGCAAAUGUGUUGGUAUUUAUUUAUAAACAAAAUAUUAUUUGCUUUAUUGCAAUAAAGACCUUGUACGACAAUGCAAGGCAGACUUAGCAUUCAUAUAUACUUACAAUACAUACGCAUAUUUAUAUUGUCUAUAGGCUUAUAAAAUGAAAUACUGCAUAUUUUGUAAGCACUUCUUACAUCUAUAAUGCAAAAUAAAUGUGAGGCAGGUUAUGAC